AUGAAGAUCUGGACUUCGAAGCAUGUCUUUGACCACCCUUGGGAAACUGUUACCACAGCUGCAAUGCAGAAAUACCCAAACCCUAUGAACCCGAGUGUGGUUGGAGUUGAUGUGUUGGACAGACAUAUAGAUCCCUCCAGAAAGUUGUACAGCCAUAGACUUCUCAGCACAGAGUGCGGACUGCCUUCCAUUGUGAAGUCUAUUUCUUUUACAAAUAUGAUUUCAGUAGAUGAGAGACUUAUCUACAAACCACAUCCUCAGGACCCAGAAAAAACUAUUUUGACUCAAGAAGCCAUUGUCACUGUGAAAGGAGUCAGCCUUAGCAGUUACCUUGAAGGACUGAUGGCAAGUACCAUAUCUUCAAAUGCUAAUAAAGGCCGAGAAGCGAUGGAAUGGGUAAUACAUAAAUUAAAUGCCAAGAUUGAAGAACUGACAGCUUCAGCAAGAGGAAGCAUAAGGACUCCAAUGGCAGCAGCAGCAUUUGUAGAAAAAUGA